GGCGAGAGGCGCUGUCGGUCAGAGGCGCGGUGACGGUGAAGGACAGACGCGGUUAGCGCUGACGGCUUCCUCCUCUACUCUGGCCUUGUGGUCCCGGCUCCACUUGCAGCAGGAGGGAAGAUGUGCUUGCUGCUUGUGUGUCUGGUGGCUGCCACAGCAGCGGGGGCCAGCGCCCAGACUUUCCUCCCUCACAGGUGUCAGAGCGCUACCCCCGUGCAAGGCUUCGACGUGGCCAAGUACAUGGGCUUGUGGUACGAGUACGAGAAGGUAGCCGCGGUGUUCGAGGCGGGGGGAGUGUGUGUGACGGCCAACUACUCACUCCAGAGCGACGGCACGGUGAAGGUGCGCAACAGGCAGGUGGACUCGAGCACCGGAAAGCCAAAGGAGAUCCUCGGAUCAGCCUUCUUGGACAACAAGCUGGGAGAGGCCAAGCUCAAGGUCAUCUUCCCAACUGAAGGAGUCUUCAAGGUGCUGCUGCUCGCACUGCAGUCCGCAGCCUCCGUGGUCCGGCCCAUCCCUGUGAACGGUAACAUAGCAGCGCCUUACUGGGUACUUUCCACGGACUACAGGAGCUACUCAGUUGUGUGGUCAUGCGUCAAUCUGGGUGCUUCGAGCAUUCAGUUUGCGUGGGUGCUGACCAGAGACCCGUCCCCUGGUGAGUCAGUGCUGCAGACCAUCAACCAGGUUUUAAAGGAGAACGGCCUUCAAGAUUUGCCACUGAAGCUCACUCCUCAGACCUGCAGUUAGUCAGCAAGUUGUGAUAAAAAUAACCUAUUCUCGCUGCAUACAUAAAGCACUGAUUUGCUUGGAGCAGUAAUGAUGUUGGAUGGUUAACAAGAAUGAUAAUGAAAAUUUUUGUCCUGUACAAGUGUGUUUUAAAGAAAUAAUUUAAAAGAAUUUCUGAACCAAUAUCGUAUAUCUUAUCUAAUUCCAUGAGAAAUGUUUGCAAUCAUAUUUUUUGUGCCAAGUUCUUGGAUAUAAUUAUCAGGAAACUUUUAAUGCUAGAGUUUGCAGUUAUUUGCGCAUUAACAAAAAACGAUAAAGAUAAACCAGGUUUUGGAAUAAAAGCAUACAUUCGGGAAACUAAGUAGAAUGACGUUAAAAUUUUUAUGGAAAUUAUUAUUUUAUAAUUCAAGUUUAUUUAGCAAUAACAAAUAAAUUGAUAAAAGUAAAAGACAGUAGUGUAAAAUGUUAAUUUAUACUGAAUUGUGAUCAUAAGCCGAUAAAAAUAAAUUGCUUAUUCAAUGCCUCGUGCAUAUUUCUCUACUUAGUGUGUACCAAUGAGUGUUGUUCAUUUACGUCACACACAAUUAAUAGAUCUAUGAGAACAAAGAUCAACAGGUAACAUUGUCUAAAUUUGGCACUUGUGUGUGCUUAGAAUGAAUUGCACAUAAAAUUGAGUCUUCAUGAGAUGAAUGUUUCACAAUUCGAAAUUUUUGUAAUGACUAAUACACGUGUUUUUUUUGUAAGUUU